AUUCAAUCCAAUGCUCACUGUGACUGCGGUUAGCUCGAAGCUAAAGCUAAAAACAGGGAAAGCAUGUUGAAAACCCACAGGCUCAGAGCUCUAGUGAAUGAGCGGCUGAGUACAGCUGCGGAUGAGAUCUUUGCGCUGUUUGAAAGGACGAUAGCGGAGUAUGAGGAGGAACUGCGCCUCUCCAAAGAGGAGAACCAGAGGAAGCAGGAGGCCCUGGACUCGGUUCUGAGCCCCAGGGUCGUGCUGCGCAGAGCGGCAGCAGCACUGCCCGUGUCCAGCCUGACACUGUUACCACACGCAUAUGAAAUCACACAAUCUACUACCGCAAGCGUUCAAUUUCCCUCAGUGAGAUCUUUGACUGUUCCUGACGUGAUUAAAGAGGAGCCUGAGGAGCAGAGAGUGAAACAAGAGGAAGAGCUACAAGUGCUUGUUCCAGAGUUCAGUGGCGUCUACUUGAAGCCAGAAGACUCCUCACUGUUUGAACAAAGACAAACUGAGCCCAGAGAGGACACAGAGGGAGAGGACAUCAGGACUGAGGGAGAUAUGAAGCUCUUUGACAGCGAUGAAGGCUGGAGAGCUCCAUUCAGCUGUUCAGAGGCUGAUGGAGACCGCUACAGCCAGGUCCAGAUCAGAGCCAGAAGCAUCACUGCCCCUAACUCGGGUCUAUUCCCCAAAUACCAAAAGUCUGCACCAGCGACCAGUGCCACUGUGGACAAUGGAGACAUGUCAGGAACAGCUGAUGGAGCCGAGAGGAAGAAACACCAAUGUUCCAUUUGUCUAAAGAGAUUUGCGAGAAACAGGAAUUUAAAAAUCCAUCUUAGACUUCACUCGGGGGAAAGACCGCACAGCUGUUCCUUCUGUAAUAAAACUUUUGCCCAAAUUGCCGCACUAAAGUACCACUUGGUAACGCACACGGGAGAAGUACCACUCAGCUGUCCGGUCUGUGACAAAGGUUUUCGGAUAAGCUCUCAUCUCAAAGCCCACAUGACCACACACACAGGGGAGAAACCUUACAGCUGUUCGUUCUGUAUGAAGUCCUUCUCACAAAAAACUCACCUGACUGUUCACCAGAGGAUACACACAGGGGAGAAACCAUUCAGCUGUUCGCUCUGUGACAGGACUUUUCUUCGGGCGGAGGGUCUGCGGUCGCACAUGGCAACGCACCGGUAAAAGCUGCGGGGAUACUGUGCGUGCUCCUGGUGAACCCAAAGCCACAGCUAUGAAAACUGUUCUUUUUGCUGCCGUCAUUAAAUUAUUUUUAAAGAAGGGGUAUUAUUCUAAGUAGAUUUUGGCUUUUUUUUUUACUUUCUACCAUGUUAUAAUGUUGUUUCCUCAUCAAAAACAUGCCUGAAGAGGUUUUAGAGGUCAUCCAUGUAUGUUUCAGUAUUGUAGCGAUCUCUCUCUCUCUUAGCUAUAAGAAAACGCUAUACAAAACUGUACUUGACAAACCUGAUGUGAUGUGCAGUAGUUUGAUUAGCCGGGUGCACGCUCAUUGUAUUGAGAUAGCGCUCUGAAGGGGCAGUGACUUAGUGCAGAGAGCAUAGUAAUACGUUGUUUUUGGCGAGUAUUGCAUCACAUUUUCAAAACAAUAAAAGGUGACAUGUUGACUUAAGGCAAGGCAAGGCAAGGCAAGUUUAUUUGUAUAGCACAAUUCGUACACAAGGUAAUUCAAAGUGCUUUACAGAAUAAGAAAGACAUUAAAAUCACACAAAUCAAACAUAAAUAAUCACAAAUAAUCAUCAUAAAAUCAACAUUAAAAGAGAAGAGUGCAGAAUAAAAACCUGUCAGUCAUAUGCACAGCUAAACAGAACUGCUUUGAGUCUGGAUUUAAACAUUGUCAAAGUAGAGGCCUGUCUCACAUCUUCAGGAAGACUGUUCCAAGUUUUAGCUGCAUAAAAUUUAAACGCUGAUUCCCCAUGUUUAGUCCUGACUCUGGGCACCAGCAGGAGGCCGAUCCCUGAAGUCCUCAAAUUGCGAGAUGGUUCAUAUGGCACUAACAUGUCGGAGAUAUACUUUGGACUUAGGCCAUGGAGAGACUUAUACACAAGCAGAGCUGCUUUAAAGUCUAUUCUUUGAGCUACAGGAAGCCAGUGCAGAGACCUGAGCACAGGACUUAUGUGCUCACUUAAAUAUGUUAUGUGUUAUCAGUCAAUACCCUGUAGAAGUAAAAAUACCCCCUCUUUAAUCAGGUCAUGUUAGUAGAGCUCUGAACUCCAGGAUUAGAAGUGUGUGCAGAUAUAUAUAAUAAGACUCUAUAACUAUAAAGACACAGAAUACAUUCCAUAGACUGUGUAUAUAAAUGGACAGAGCAGACCUGCUGGCUGCGGUGUCCAAAUAGGAAGUGAGCAUGGGCGCGCUUCUGUCUCCAUCAACUCAAUUCACUUUAUAUUGAAAAACUCUCUACCCUCUCUCUGUAACUGCUGCUGUCAGGCUCAUCAUUUUGGUCUUAAACUUAACCUGUUCUACAUGAUCCUCAAGAUUUUAUUUCGCUGUUGUGUCCAUAAAUGAAGAAAUGAACAAUAAUAACAGACAAAUCAGGUGCCUUCUUUCCACGAGGUCGCUCCCGCUAGCUAAUGCUACCUCAUGGAGCGGUUUGAUUGACAGCGUUGCUAAGCUAAACCACCUUCAACAGUCUCGUUCCAGAUUGGCUCUUUGGUUGCUAUGAUACUCAUGGUCAGAAUUCCAAAUUUUGAACUCGGCUCCAAAUUCGCCGCUAUAACUCCUGGCCUGGAUGAGCUUUAUUUGACUGGAGCCGAACGCCAGAGGUGAUGACUAGCGAUUUAGUCCACUUCUUUAUACAGUCUAUAGAACAUUCUGGCCUUAAAGACAGAUGCAAUUGAGCAUUGUCAACAAAGUGAUGUAAAUGUGAAUUCUGUUUUAUAUUUAUCCUAGUAGCAGCAUGUGUAAUAUAUAUUAUUUAAUAUGAUGUUAUAGCCUUAAAAAGAGGCGAUCUUUUUCCCUUGCACAUAUUUAUCUGCUGUCAGAAAGCGCAUUAGGUCAUAGUUUGUGAAGCCAGUGACUGACAUAGAACCCAUGUCAAUUUUCUGUUCAUGUAUAUAUAUUUUUUUAUUUUUAAUCUUUUUUAACCAGUAUUAGGUUGGUGAAGCCCGUUUUCCAUUCAGAAUUGUACAGUUGGAUCAGUAAAGAAAUUAUUCAAAGAAAUG